UGAAAGAGAGGGAGAGAUCAGUAUCGAAAUUCUAUAUAUUUACAACUGCAAGAAUCCAAAGCAUUUCAAGGGAUGAACACAUUGCAGAGGAAGUACAGUGGUGGAUGAAGCUGGUCCUGGCUGUGGAGGUCAUUUUCCUUGUCAUAGGUCUCGUGUGGCUGGGGAACGGCAUACUCUUUCAAGUACGCAGGAAGCGGACUCAAAAGAGAGAGUUCAACAGGCAACAGCGACCAACCGGUGAUAACAAAGUACAAGAGACCAAACACUUAUAAAGAGGGUCACGAAACCAUUGUGUACGCUAAGACUUCAGCUGAAAUAGUAGUAAUAUAUAACUGCAACUUGUCAGACUAGUUACAACAGUAUGUAAAAGAGCCAGUGAAGCAGUCCUGCUGUCUGCACAAAUCCUGUUCACCUUACUCAUGCUUCCACUUCGCAUCCCGCUAGCUGGACCACCAUGCACCUUACCUCAAAGACUUGGGAAGUGGUCGCUUUGAGAGCCUGAUGGAGUGGAAAGCCAGAGUCAGUGCAAGGAAGAAUGCCGAGUGCUUCGUCUGAGCGGCGCGAGGGUUCCUUACGGCGACGGCCCCCUCUCCGUGUGGUGGUGGCCGGUCAGGCCCUCGCAGAAGCUGUGGGUCUCGGGGCCGGAGAUGGACAGAUGGGUCACUGCGGAAGCGCCUCAUCGCUGGUACGAGCUCGCCAUGGAGACGGAAUGUAUGCUACAGGGUACUGUUUGACAGCUCCUUCACUUUUGCCGGAGAUUCUGUGCGGUAAAAGGGACUUCCUCUACAUCUAUUGCGAACAGCCAACCUUCUUCGCAUUCGACUGCGCGCAAUAUCCGUGUGCAACACCUUGUCUAAACAACUCAAUGGGCGAGUGCAAGGAGGCGUCAGCGUCAACAGAGUGCUCCAUUCAACGCCUAAACGGGGUGUAUGUGCCCCUGGACAAAGCUGCCACCAGCGUGUUUUGGUGGCCUGGAUCUGCCAAUAAACUUGGCAUGGAGGGGGGGACUAUUGACAAAUACCACGAUGUAGAUUCGGUGAGAAAACAGUGGCACCAAAUCAUCAUCACAAGCCAUGAAGCCGUUCUUCAGUGUGGCAUCACCAGCGAAAGUCUCAACUUGUCUCUCCACUGCCCUGAAGACCUAGGCGACGACUACAACGAAUACGAGCACUUCAUGAGCAGGAUGUUCGUGGGAAGUUACCGAGGACACGAAAUGACGUCAUCUUAUUGGGCCCUUGGGUGUGACGUCACUCCUUCCUGGUGUCCAGACAGUGCAGAGUGUGCAAUUCCAGCAACGAAAGAGAAAAAGGAAGUACAGUGGUGGAUGAAGCUGGUCCUGGCUGUGGAGGUCAUUUUCCUUGUCAUAGGUCUCGUGUGGCUGGGGAACGGCAUACUCUUUCAAGUACGCAGGAAGCGGACUCAAAAGAGAGAGUUCAACAGGCAACAGCGACCAACCGGUGAUAACAAAGUACAAGAGACCAAACACUUAUAAAGAGGGUCACGAAACCAUUGUGUACGCUAAAACUUCAGCUGAAAUAGUAGUAAUAGCACUCGUGGUGACAAUGGUAGCAGCAAAACUGCAACUUGUCAGACUAGUUACAACAGUAUGUAAAAGGUACAUGAUUUUACUCAAAACAAAUGUAGUGUGGUCUCCUCCUCGUUCCUAAUGGUUUACAAAGACCUUAAGCCCUUGUAUUGAAGAGGAAGGAAGAGGCUUUCAACUUCUGACCAUUUUCCUUCAGACACUUAUGUUCUUGAUCGCUAAAUGAAUAAAACUUCUGGCAGUUAAAC